UGAUGACGCCAUUGGGCGGCGCCGGCAGCCGCGGCAGUUUGUGAGGGAAGGCGGCGGCGGCGGAGGCGGCCGGGAGGGGAGAGCGAGCGCGGGGCCUCCCUGGCUGCCCGGCCUCUUUCCGCGGGGGCCGCGCCCGGGCUCGCUGCGUAGACGCCCGUCGGAGCCAUGAAGGAAAGCCUCCCAGAGAAGAACUACUGGGGGGCCUCCACCAGCCUCCACGACCCCAUGGGACACCCAGACCGCUUUUGCAGGGCCUCCCGGGAAUGGCGGGACCCAGAGCACCAGCGAGGCGGCGGCUUCGAGGGCAGCCGACGCCUGGCCUGCGCCCAGGAGCCCCUGCCCAGUUUCAACCUCUCCUCCUCCAGCAGCGACGAGGGACGCGAGGGCCAGUGGGAUCUCUCCUGCGUCUCCCGCUGGGGGGUGGCGGGGGGCCCUUCGCAGCUGCCCCAGCACAAAGCCCCCCGGGGCAAGUUCGCCAGGAGCGGGGGCCACGCCUGGCCUUUCGAGGUGGCCACCGGCGCUCCGGCCACGAGGCCGGGCACCUCCAGACACUACUGUUUCCGCCGUAAGCGACAGCGGGCUCUGCGCGCCUUCCGGAUGCUCCUGUAUUCCAAGAGCUCCUCUCUGGCCUUCCAUUGGAAGCUGUGGGGCAAGAUGGCGGCCAAGGGGCGCCGGCGAGGAGGGGCCAAGCGGGCCCGGUCGUCCAUGUCCCUGUCCCCCGGCUCCCAGCCCGACGACGACCACCUUCCCGCCGUCUUUAAGAAAAGAUGCCCGUUGGGAGCAGAGACAGAGGACUGCCCGAGCACGGCCAAGGGCCGUUUCCGCUCUGCCGGCUGCAAGGCUCCCUCGUCAGAGCCCCGGCUGGACUACGAAUUGGGGGGAGCCUUCCCCCCGUCUCCAUCCACGCCUCAGCACGCCCGCCUCAACCUGCUGGGGGCCCUGAUGGAAGAGGCGUCCCCCUUCCCACACUACAUGGAGGUCCGGCGGGCGGGCUUCGACCAGGAUGAUGGAGCGAUGGAGCUGGAGGAGGAGGAAGAGCCGGCCCCUCCCCUCAAGUACCCAGCCCGGGGGUCCCAGGUGUCCCCCAGGACUAGGAAGAUGGGAGAGCCACAGCACGGCCUGGACGGAGAUGGAGACGCUCUGGAUGCCCUUCCCAACGGCUUCGCUUCCCUCCCUCCGGACGGCGACCUCUGCUCUCUGCCCGGCGUGCCAGACGCCACCAUCCUCAUCAGCAAUGUCUGCAGCAUCGGAGGCCACGUGGCGGAGGAGCUUUUCCAAGGGCCCCGAGACAAGGACCGGCUGCCGGACCCUCCGGCCGUCCGGGGGGAAGUUGGCAGCCAGCCGGCCGAGGCAGCUCCCGAGGAGGCAGAAGAGAGGCCGGGCGAGAACGCGGCUCAGCCCGGCCUGCUGCGGGAAGAACACAUCACCUGCGUACACAACAUUUUGGACGAAUUCCUGCAGACGUACGGCAGCCUGAUCCCCAUCAGCGUGGACGAGGUGGUGGAGAAGCUGGAGGAUAUCUUCCAGCAGGACUUCUCCACUCUACAGAGGAAGAGCUUGGUCAACCAGUUGAUCCAGUCCUACCAGCGCAUGCCGGGCAACGCCGUGGUCCGCACCUUCCGGGUCACUUACAAGCGCCACGUGGUCACCAUGGACGACCUGCAGACACUGUUUGGGUCGAACUGGCUCAAUGACCAGGUCAUGAACAUGUACGGGGACCUCGUGAUGGACACGGUGCCGGAAAAGGUCCACUUUUUCAACAGUUUUUUCUACGAUAAGCUACGAACGAAGGGGUACGAGGGCGUGAAGCGUUGGACCAAAAACGUGGACAUUUUCAACAAGGAGAUUCUCCUGAUCCCCAUCCACCUGGAGGUCCACUGGUCACUGAUCUGUGUGGAGGUGAAGCAGAAGAAGAUCACCUACCUGGACUCCCAGCGCACCCUCAACCGGCGGUGUCCCAAGCACAUCUGCAAGUACCUACAAGCCGAAGCGGAUAAGAAGAAUCGUCCCGACUUCCGAGACGGCUGGAGAGGGGUUUUCCAGAUGAACAUCGCCAGACAAAACAAUGACAGUGAUUGUGGCGCCUUCGUCCUGCAGUAUUCCAAAUUCCUGGCCCUGGGCCUGCCCUUCGCCUUCACGCAGCAAGACAUGCCGAAACUCCGCCGGCAGAUGUACAAGGAGCUGUGCCACUGCAAACUCAUUGCAUGACAGCCCGGCUGCAGCCUCCCCCCCCCUCGCCCGCCCCUCUCUCUGCCCCCCCUCUUCGCGCCACCCCACCCACCCGGGGGGGGAACGCAGCCGAACCGGCCGUCCCGUCCUGGGUCUGGAGCAGCCGCGAGCCGGGAGCGCCUCUUCGCCCGGCCAGGGGGCAGGGCCGACCCUCCCCGGGUUUCAGCCGGAGACAAGGGGACUGUGAGGUUUGACCAACCGGACUUUCGUGGGGGGGGGGCGCUUUUUUUAAACCCAAGUUACCCCCUGA